CAUUCACCUUUCUAACACACCUGUCUUUUGUGUUUAACACGCUGAGUCUGAGACCUCUGGAUUUGGACACUAAAUCACUGCCCAACAGGAUUAUCUUUGUUCAGAACAGGGAAAACCAAUGAAAUAGACAAAAGCGUGUGAGGCGGAGGUCAAUGAUGGUUCAGGGCAAGUGUGACCUCCUCGCUCUGUGCCUGGGCAUCAUCGGUCUGAUCGGGACGGUGGCCGUCACGGGCCUCCCCAUGUGGAAAGUGACGGCGUUCAUCGGGGAGAAUAUCAUCGUGAUGGAGACCCGCUGGGAGGGUCUGUGGAUGACGUGCUUCAGGCAGGCCAACAUCCACAUGCAGUGCAAAGCGUACGACUCUCUGCUGUUCCUCCCGCCGGACCUGCAGGCGUCCCGGGGCUUGACGUGUAGCGCUCUGGCUCUGUCUGCACUCGGGCUGCUCGUGUCUCUUUUCGGCCUCCGCUGCACGUCGUGUCUCAAGGAUCAACCGCGAGUCAAAAGCACGUUUGCGAUUGCCUCGGGGGCGAUGCAGAUUUUAGCGUCCGUUUGCGUUAUCAUCCCGGUCUCUUGGACGGCUCACGCUAUUAUUAGAGACUUCUACAACCCUCUACUUGUCGACGCGCAGCGCAGGGAACUAGGAGAGGCGCUGUAUAUCGGUUGGGUAACGAGUGCUUUUCUUAUGGCGUCUGGAGUUAUAUUUCUCUGUCGUCGUGUUGGUCCAAAAUCAGGCUCGUCAUUUUAUUCACACCGACAAGUUAAUAAACCCGCUUUAAACCGCUUCCAGCCCUUUAACUCUAUAAGACACCAGGCUUUGCCCCAGAACAACAGCCUCUCCAUCCUGCAGCCUUCUGCGUUCAGCUACGCCAUUACGCCUUCUAGUGGUCAACAUUCACCCUGCAGUGUGCAACCGGUGACCACUGGGUCUUUAGUGUACAGUCAAAACAUCACGCCACCUCAGAACCUGGACUAUCAUGGCCCAUAUGUGAUGCAAAGAAACACGCUGUACCCCCCUCAGCUUUCCACACGCUUCAACGGGAGCGAUCCCUACGCGUCCUUCACCUCCGGAUCCACAUUUCACCCUGUGCAGCAGAACCCGCUCUACAUAGGGUACAACCACUCCAGGGUGCAGUCGAACAGCUCAGACAGUAGCUUUGGAUUGCGUAUCUAAGUUGCAGCCCUAUUUCUACAUUAAUUUUUAAAUACUAAUAAUUUUAAA